CGGGAGUGGGAGGAAAAGGGAGACGCCAGGAACGCCCCGGGAGUGACGAGAAGGGCGCGAGGUUCACCCGGAGAAGCGAGACCUGGAGGAAGACCCGGCAGCGGCGGCCCUGCGGGGGGAUCUCCGGGGCUUCUGAGCCCCCUACCCAGCCCCCUCCAAACCAACCCGGGUGAACAGACGCCCUGCCAGGCCAGCGCAGCUGCUGGACACGGUCCUCGGCGACGCUACAACGAGACCGCGACCGCUAAGCCCCUCCUUUCGAGCAACUCUGGGGCCGCCCCUGGAAGUGGCGGGGCGGAGGGACCGAAGGAGCGACGCGCGGCAGCGAUGGAGCCGAGCGGCCUGGGCGCAGAGGCCGGCAUGGAGGGCGCGGCGGGUGACCCGUACCGGCCACCCGCGCGGCGCACGCAGUGGCUGCUGAGCGCCCUGGCUCACCACUACGGGCUGGACCGUGGCGUGGAGAAUGAGAUCGUGGUGCUGGCCACGGGCCUGGACCAGUACCUGCAAGAGGUCUUCCACCAUCUGGACUGCCGUGGCGCCGGCCGCCUGCCCCGCGCCGACUUCCGCGCGCUCUGCGCGGUGCUGGGGCUGCGCGCCGAGGGGGCCGCCGCCGCCGCCGCCGGGGAGGCCACCAGGAAUGCGGCCGCCAGAGACGCGAGCUCCGGGAAUGUGACCGCCGGGGACACGGCCCCUGGGGUGGCCACCGACCAGGACGCAGAUGACGAGGAGGAGGCGCGCCUGGCCCUGAGUUCUGAGCCGCCCGAGCUAACCUUCCGCCAGUUCCACGCGCGCCUCUGCGGCUACUUCGGCACCCGCGCGGGGCCCCGGCUGCCCCGCGGCGCUCUCAGCGAGCACAUCGAGACGCAGAUCCGCCUGCGCCGCCCGCGCCGCCGCACGCCCCGCACGCCCCGCACGGCCGGCCCCGACGGCGGCCCAGACAGCGAGCGCUUGGCGCGCUUGGAGGAGGAGAACAGCAGCCUACGGGAGCUGGUGGAGGAUCUGCGCGCCGCGCUGCAGAGCAGUGACGCGCGCUGCCUCGCGCUGCAGGUCGGCCUCUGGAAGAGCCAGGCGGGCGCCGCGGAGGUGCCCGGCCUGCAGCGCUGCCUGCGGCGGCUGGAGGGCGAGCUGCGGCGCUACAGGUCAGAGGGCACCCAGCUCCCAACCUCCCCACGAGCCAGCCCAGAGCCAGAAGCCAAGAGUGGUGAACCUGAGGAUUGUGGGACCGGAGGCCCAGACCCCCCUCUACACGGAGCCUGGCAGUCAGAUAGAGGCUCCGGGAGCAGAGCCCUGGAUGAAGCUGUGGAUGAGCAGCUGUUCCGCUCGGUGGAGGGCCAGGCCGCCUCUGACGAGGAGGAGGAGGAUGAGGAGAAGUGGCGGGAGGAGCAGAGGCCGCCAGCCGAGGUGGAGACACUGCUGGCUCACCUCUCCAGCUGCGGGAGUGGGUGUGAUGACCAGAUGGCCAAGAAACUCAAGACUUACUUCAGCCACUUUGGCUCUGCCAACCAUGCCCACACCCUGGGGGAGCUGGAGGCCCACAUCGCCAUGCUGGUGGAGCAGCUGGGGACCCAGGGCUGCAGCGGGAAGACCCUGGGGUCACCUGGGGAGGAGGCAGAGCUGCAGCGGAAGGUGGAUGAGAAUGAGCACUUGAGGCUGGAGCUGCAGAUGCUGGAGACGGAGCGGGUACGGCUCUCCUUGCUGGAGGAGAAGCUGGUGGACGUGCUGCAGCUUCUGCAGAGGCUCCGAGACCUGAACAUAUCGAAAAGAGCCCUGGGGAAGAUUUUGCUGGGCACACUGGAUGCUUGCAGGGACCUCGCACAUGAGGGGAUAUCUGGCCCCUCGGCCAUCCUGGAUGCCCUGCACCAAGCUUUGGCUGGCUGUGAGCUCUUGCGUAGAGAGCCCUCGGCACCAGCCUCUGCAGCUCCCGUGCUCACCAGCUCCCUCCUCAUCUCCUGCUGAGGUCACUGGCCCAGCCUGGGGGCAGCCUCGUCAGCCUGGCCACUGUCAGACCAGCCUCCAGGAUCAGCCUGACCACCAUCACAUCCUUGGAACCCUGGAGGCCCUGGCUCCUU